AGGCUCUAUUCUUGAAUAGAUACAGACUUCUUAUGUUGUCGAAUACGUUUACAGUGUCUCUUCUACUUCGCUAUUCUCUCAGUGACUUAAAGAAACACGCUUCAAACCUAUAUUCUAUUAUCGAUCCAGACUCAAGCUUCUUACAAUCAAAGAGUCGCGUCUAGCCAAGAGAAAAUAGUCCGUGCAUCGUUGUCUGUUCAACAGACCGAUCAUUCCUUCAUAUCGUCGUAACGUGGGAAUCGGAUAGUGUGUAGUCAGUGACUACUUUCAUUUCUAAACGACACGAAAAUUGAUUUUUGUGAAACAAUGAUUUUUUUCCAUUUACUCUCGAAUUGAUUACCGAAUGUGAAGUACUUAGUUUCAAAGUAUCUCAAUUCUGAUGAACCAAGAAGAAAUCGUGACGUUUUGAUUCAAAGAUACCAAAAAUAUGUAAUGGUCUAAAGACAAUAACUACUUCCUAAGAGCUGCACUAGAGUUAUUUCGAAAAAUUUGUCCUCGUUGGUUCUUCGUGGAGGUGCUAGUUCAUCAUCUUUGCUCGGAACCCUGCAGUCAAGAGCAACAAGACACAAGCAGAGAAAAUCAUGGGUCAGAUUGACGCUUGUUCGGUUGCUAGUACCCCACGUGGGGUGAUGGCAAUGACAGCACCAGGAGGUUUCUUUUCCCGUGGCGGCUUUGGCGGAACUCCGAUGUCGACGCCGCGUGGUGGGUCCGGUGGAGGCAUGAUGACUCCACGUGGUUGCGGUUCGCCCACUGGUACAAUGUCGCUGCAGCCGGGUACGCCGCGCGUGUUCAACAGCAUGGCGACACCGAAGACGGGCAUGCUGCGCUUGCCCAUUUGUUCGUCCACUGGUUUCAACUUUUACGGCAUGUUGUCGCGGCAGUGGCAGUCGGUGUCGCCGCGUGGGAAAAUGGUCAUGCUCGAGGAGAAGGAGGUGGAGGAGCAAGUGGAGGAGGCGGAGUGGGACCUGAUGCGGAAGAAGCUGCAUGUGCGGAUCACCGGCAUCGUGGAGGAAGGAGAGCCGGAGGAGUGGCUCGAAUUCGUGAUGCCUAAGACGCGUGGCGCCACAGAUCCAGUUCCGGAGUUGGUCAUGCGCACCGAGCCUCAGCACAAUAUUUCCAUUUUCGAAGAGCGUUUGGGCGUGAUCGACCACCGUUUUGUCCCGGUGCGCGACCGCAGCGACCUGGUGCGCUACACCUUCCAAGGGGCGGACCGCAUUAUUGAACAGUACAACUAUGUGCGAGACCAGCUUUGCCCGAGCAGUGUGAUCACCACGCCUACCUAUGUUGUCUUUCACGCCUUGUUGGAACGUGUGCGCGACGAGGAGACGGGCAAGGAGCCGGAUGAGAAGGGCAUUUUGGAGCAGUACAACAAGGAAUUGAAAAGUGGCGCCGACAUUUACGUCAUGGAAGGCUUCUUCUGUGCGAAGCAACCGCACUGGGAGGCGCCACCGCCGCCGGGUGAGUUGCCGAAGUCUCCUCGGGCCCUCAAGGCGCGCACCGCGCACUUGUACGACGUCAACCCUGAGAGGAAACCCGUGAUCCGAGUGAUUAUCGACCGCACCUUGAAUGGCUGCGUCCACGCGGAAGUGAGGGCCUAUCUUCCACCCCGCGGCACCAUGGGAAAAACUAAGAAUAUUUUACUGCAGCGCAGAAGCUACAACAUCAACACCAAGAAAUACAUUUUCAAAGGCGACGCUUUGCCGAAUCUGCGAAAAACAAAGAAAAUAACCUACGAAACGCCUCAGAAAAGCAACGUUGUGUGCACCUUCAUCGACGAACGGGAUUGGGACCGGGUUCAGUGGGUUAUGGUCUACCUCUUUCCCUACGAUGACGACAAACUGCACAAGCGGAUGUGUGGUAAAAUGAAUACACCCUGUGCAUAAGUGUAAGAAAAUAUACUCAUAUGCAUGGUUCGUCUACCUCUGCGUGUGCUAGUUUCUGAUUCAUAGAGUUUCGCUGCUAUCUAUAUCAAUGUCUUUUGACAGAGGCAAACUCUUCAAAGUUUUCCGCUCUACUUACCAUUCGAAAAUCCAUUUUUUCAGAUUUCUGGGAAGGAAAGUGGUGCCCGCAGGAAAAGCUAGCUGAAUAUUUUUGGAAAGAUCAGAUACAAGAAUUGACGAGGGGUGUCACCAGGCGCGAUAAGGUUUUCUGCGAACAGAUCACGGGCAGAUGGAAGCCAACGAACACUAGCCGGAAAAGUAAUUGUUGAUUGAAAUUGUGAUUUGGAUCGAUGAAGUUGUGGUUCAGUGUGUGGUUGUUAGUUAAGUACUUUCUUAGUAAGUUUCCUGCAGCAGUGCCAGUCGAAUGCUUUCGUCUACCUCACUGGUUUUUUUUGUCGAUAUCUUCAAUCUAUCAUGCUUUUCAGCUUCCGAAGCACCGACGCCGGUUGGCGGUAAAAGCGGCGCUUCUGCAGCUGCAGGGCUGAAACAAGCAAUGCAAGCGAGGAUCGCGGAAAACAGAGCCCAGAAGGUGAUAAAGGAAGUCGACGAGAACCCAGACGCUAUUCCCGAGAACGCGGUUGCCCGGAUGCCUCAGGAAGGGGCCCCGAAGAAGGCAGGCGGACUUCUAGGGAAACUCGGGAAAAUGUCAUUGGUCGACCGACUCCGAACCGCAGUCAAAAAAGCCGUAGCCGAAAGAUCACUAGUUUUCAAGUUUCCGGCGUUUCCAAGAACAAACCAAGACCAGGAUCUCAGCACCAUAGCUGAAUAUAUCAUGCGCUCAUCAGACGAUGCUGUGCUCGAGGUGGUGGCCGAGCACAAGUAGCGCGACGAAAAUUUUAUUGUGCAUCCAUGCAGCCAAAUCUUACUUUGGCUCAGAGGGGACAAACACCAGCUGGCAUACGACGACAUGUUUCCUAUUUUUUUCUAUGUAUGCCUUGUAGUUUAUUUGCCAUUGAACAUUGCGAGUCUACUCAGGGAGGAAAAUUCAUGUCCUCCUUCUGACUAAUCUGACGAUAAUUAUUUAAUAAUAACCAUUCUAACGAUAAUUAAUGAGAGCGUUUCGCUCAAGUCACAACAUCUAUUUUGAGAGCAGUUUUUGAAUUUCGAACAUUUGAUUGACAGGUUGAUUGUGGAAAUAAACGCCAUCAUGAUGUAAAAUAUAUCGGAUGCCAAAAUCAUUAUAUAUAGCUACCAGCAUAUCCCUCUACAUAUUUUCCCUAUUUCAUAAAAUCUCUCCUACAAGUACAACUUGUUUGCAGGAAGUAGAUAAACAUAUCUUGUACCUAAAAUAUGCGGGUGUGGGUGUGUAUCCAUUCGUUCGGAAUCAUCUCUUUGGUGCUUACUUUCCAAGAACAUACUAGUACUUAGUUACAACUACAUCAGAGGCACCAGAGACGAUGAACAUUUAAGUGCGAUUUGGGACUCACUCUUGAAUUCUCGGGUGCAACAGAGCAUGUCCAAUUUGUCAUUAUCUUCUCAU